AUGCACAAGCAUAAAUCAGCAGUAGUUGCUCGAAGAGCCUGGAAUUCCCUCCGGCUGGCCUUGCUAUGGGCUAGAAGAGGUGGACAUUUCAAGAACAGGCGGCUGAUGGUGGAUCUGCGUUUACUUCCCAAGUUCAACAACAGAACCACCUCCUCCAGCAACGACUAUUAUCGUCAUCGACGGGGUGCUCUCCAUUACGGCGAGCGGCAGCUUUCAUUCGACGAUACUCCCGUCAUACACUUCAAGAUGCAUCGUCCUUCUUCCCUGCGAUUCAAGAUGCCCAGCAUUCCCUGCAUUACUGGUGCCCCCCAGGUGGAUUUCGACGACUAUGAUUUUGAUCGCCACGAGUGCGGUGGUACCGGUCAUGAUACGUACUAUCUUUCUGAAGCCCACAAUGAUGUAGCGCUCUCCAGGAAGAGUACUCUCCUAAAGGCAGCAGGCGAUUACAUUACCAGUGACGAAGAAGAAGAAGGAUAUGAUGAUGAUCGUUCCAAUACUAUGGUUUGUGAUCAUCAAGAAACCAACGAAACUCCUCGUAGCUGUGACGAUGGAAUCGAUUUGAAGGCGGAGCAGUUCAUUGCUAACUUCUACCGACAAAUCAAGCUCCAGAGACAAAUAUCGUAUCUGCAAUAUCAUGACAUGAUUAGUCGGGGUGCGAGCUAG